AUGUUGUCUGGGUCUGAUUCCUCUGAUGGCGUUUUGCUUCGGAGGAAUGUGGCCCGUCCACCUGAACCAGAGACAAAUAUUCAAAACAACACAGCAGAUGAAACCACUCAAGAGGAAGGCGAUUCAAAAGAAGUUAGACUUAGUUUAAUGGAAGAGAUUCUAUUAUUGGGUCUAAAGGACCGCGAGGGACACUUAUCGUUCUGGAAUGAUAGUGUUAGCUGUGGGUUGAGGGGAUGCAUUCUUGCAGAGCUAGGGCUACGUGGGCGCAUUGGCUUGGAACCAGCAGGCAUGCGCAGGCGUGGCCUGUUUUCCCGGGUUAUCGUUGUCAAAAAUGGUCUGCCUACUGGAGAUGCACUGCUCGACGAGGCCCUAAAGCUUAUCAAAACUAAUAGCCCGGAAAAUGCGAAAACCUGGAUUGAUUAUCUGAGUGGUGAAACCUGGAACCCAUUUAAGCUGCCCCUGCAAAUGCGUCAUGUCAGGGAGCGUAUCGCAAAGAGUCUGGUGGAGAAAGGCAUAUGUACCACCGAGAAACAGAACUUCGUGGUAUUUGAUAUGAUGACACAUCCCCUUGUUGAUUUUCACACAAAGCAGCGCGUGAUGCAGAGAAUUCAGGAUGGCAUAAUAAACAGGUGGAGUGCGGAUGUACAGAAAAUUGACAAACGUCUCCUCACUUUGAUAAUACUUGCCCAUCAUUCGGAUGUUCUCGACAACGCCCUGGCCUCAUUGUCAGAUUCAGAUUAUGAUCUCGCGAGGAAACGAGUGAACUCUGUACUUCAACUUGACUUUACAGCGGAAUCUGCGAGGGAUGGAGCCUUAGAUGUUCUAUGGGCUGUUUACGCCUCCUUUGCCACUUGA